CUCUGUACGGAAGCCUGUUCACCGCCAAGCCUGAGCCUGCCUUCGCUAACUACCGCCUGUGGGAGUCCCUGGGAUUCGCCGUCACCUACGCCUACAACGACGAACUGUGUACUGAUGUGAAGUUGUACGUGUGCAUGUGUGUGCUGGGCGUUGGCAUGCUGGGAUACACCGCAGUGGAGGUGAUGUCCUGGCGAUCAACGAGGGACAAGCUGGACAUCACAGUUGUGAGCAAGACCAGCAAAUAACCUCUGACCUCAGCGCUAGAGGGAACUGAGCUGUCUCUUUUAUGUUUGUUUUAUUUUUGGAUUUUGUUUUGGGGGGAUUUUUUGUGUUUUUUUCCAAAGAAGAUGUGACUCUGUGGGUUUCCCGGAGAAAGAACAAAUAAUUCCUAACGAUUUAAGCUUUCUUUUUUUGUUUUUUUUGUUCUUCUGCUGAUCUCUUCACAGUUGCCAAGGUCACACAUUAUUCCCGAUGAUCUUAAAGUUUAUAAUACAUUGGGAUUUGAUCUCUACGACUUGUUCGAUACGUUUAAGUUUUUAUAUUGUGCGGCCUGUAUUCAGAGAUGUAGCUCGGUUAUGGGAGGACACGUGCCCUAAGGGCCACACGGAAUGGGGGCUUGUAGGUGGAGGGGGCGGAGGGGGGUUGAAGCCCCAUGAUAAACCGAUCAUGCGCCGACUCAAGCAACUAGUAUUCUUUUUUAAGUGGGAAGAGGAGAGAUGGAUAUUUAGUGGCUGCCGCGACUGCUGUUUUUUUAAAAUAUUUAACAGCUGAUACGCCCCUGCCAAUGUCUAUGAUGCAAGUCUGUGCUGUGCGAGGGAGCCCAAAGUAAUAAAUUAUAGCAGUGGUUUUUUAAAAACAUGACCCAGUUAGAUUUCAGAUCGAUACUUUGAACGUUUUAUUCUGUUAGGAAAAUAUAAGUCACACCCAAAUAUUACAUUUCCUUUCUGUUAAUCCUACUGCCUUUUGCGAGAUAAUGAUGUGCGAUCAAAACGUUCUACAAAUGUUUACGUCCACAUUCUUAUUAACAGCUGUCCCUGUUUUCAACUCAAAUGACCGCUAAAUUAUUUUCUGCAUUUCAACCUCUCUCUACAAGAUUAUCAGUUCUGCUUCUUAGGAUGGUGAAUAAUAAUUAAACAUUAAACUUUUAAAAAGUGACAUUGUAAAUCAACGUGCUCUAUCUUAUGUUACCCAUACAUUAUAUUAUUUUGGCUGUUGAUUUUUUAUGUGGGAAAGGACAAGACAAAGGAUAUAGAAGUAGAAAUAGGAC